GUUGUCUGCAAUCCUGAUAGGAUAAGACAGAAGGUCCAAUCACCAACCGACCAAAUAUGACUAUCAAGAAGACAGAGGUUCUCCGAAGGAUUGUGUCCAAAGACGGCCAUAACAAUGUGCGCAUCGACAAUGUGGAGGGCAUGGUCAAACUUUAUCUUCACGAUAUCUGGACCACAGUAGUAGAUAUGAAAUGGCGCUAUAAACUCACUCUUUUUGCCUCCACCUUCGUCAUGACCUGGUUCAUCUUUGGCGUCAUCUUCUUCUUCAUUGGCAUGGGCAAUGGCGAUUUUAACACUGAGCUGCCCUCCAAUCACACUCCUUGUGUCAUGAACGUGGAGACUUUGACCGGUGCCUUUCUCUUCUCCCUGGAAUCUCAGACCACCAUUGGCUACGGCUUCCGCUACAUUUCUGAAGAAUGCCCGCUCGCCAUCUUCACCCUGGUGGCACAGCUGGUCAUCACUGGCCUGGCGGAGAUCUUUGUGACGGGCGCCUUCCUGGCCAAGCUGGCACGGCCGAAGAAGCGGGCGGAAACCAUAAAAUUCAGCAAGUGGGCAGUGGUGUGCCGUCAUGAGGGGAAGACAUGUCUGAUGGUGCGGGUGGCCAACAUGAGGAAGAGCCUGCUGAUUCAGUGCCAGCUAACAGGCAAACUACUGAGCCCCAACAUUACCGAAGAGGGCGAGAAGACGUUGAUACACCAGACCAGCGUGGACUUCUACAUGGACUCCAGCGGAGACUGCCCCUUCCUCAUCCUGCCGCUCACCUUCUAUCACGUGUUGGAUGAGAGCAGCCCUCUGAAGGGCCUGACCGCAGAGAACCUGAAAACACGCGAUUUUGAGCUGCUGGUGACCCUCAACGCAACCAUGGAGUCCACGGCCGCCACAUGUCAGAGCCGCACCUCGUACAUUCCUCAGGAGAUUCUGUGGGGUUACGAGUUCAAGCCAGUGCUUUUCAGCACACCCGGUGGACGAUAUGUCGCCGACUUUAACUACUUUGACAAGGUGCAGGGGAGCACCGACCCUGCCAUCAUCACUUGCAACAAAACUGAGAAACUGAAGCUUGAAGAAGAGUAUAAGAAAGUAUAGAGAGGGGCACACUGGACUAAAUUAGACUUCUGACUGUUAUACAAUAGCUAGUCUGUUCUCAAUUAAAUCUCAAAAUGAAUAUGUGUAUUUUUUUUGUUUUUGUGUUUCAUCAGUUGUCGGUGUAAAAUCUCUGAGUAAAAGAAGAUAUUCAUCUGCAGAGUGAAAGUACAGUCUGGAAACCAAACAAAAGAAGAAGUUACUGUAUUACAACAAAUUAUCGUUAUAUACCCUGUAUGAUUACAGGAAAAUAGAUGUAUAGUAAAGAAAUUGUAACAAAUCAUUUGGAUAGUUGCACUUAUUUUAUUUUACUGUAAAAGGCAGAUGGGUGUGGAAUGAAUCAUGUUUGUAAGAUAAUGGAUCUGAUAUGUUUUUUGUUUUUUUUAAUAAACCACUGUCUCUAAAAU